CGAGCCAACGACCCGGGAACGAUUGGCAUCGAGCCCCUUUUUCGAAUUUUACGCGUCGCAAUCAACCUAGCCUAGUAGUUGCCAAAUCUUCCUCCCACACCUCUAGGCGACCCUCAAAAACGACGGCACGAGCCGCUACCGAGAAUUUCCACUAUCCGAUCUCGACGACCUGGCCUUUCCGCUAGUCAUCGAUACUCGCGCGGACCUCGGAUCUGACAGCAACCGAAGGGUCGAUAUCUGGGCAAACGCUACCAUAUUGAGAUUACUAGCUCGCAUUCGACCUUUCACCCACGAUGGCGGUCGCCCGGCCAGUUCGAGCUCUGGCCUUAGCUGCCGUGAUGCUAUGGUGCUUCUUCCUUUACCAGAUAUUUGGCCCUGAAAGGCCGAUAGGCCAGAGGCCUGUGCGCUACGACAAUGGACGGGACCCCAACCUUGAUCCCACCGGGGAGCCUCCAGGUAUUCUGACGUACGCCUCCGACAAAUACGCCCCCGAUGCCAAGGACUCUGCACGCAUCAACGCAACUUUGCUGGCGCUGGUCAGGAACGAGGAGCUGGAUGGAAUGAUCCAGUCGAUGGUCGAUCUCGAGAGCACAUGGAACCAUAAGUUUAACUACCCCUGGACCUUCUUCAACGAGGUUCCUUUCACCGAUGAGUUCAAGAGGAGGACCCAGGCUGCCACAAAGGCCGAAUGCAGAUACGAGCUUAUUCCCAAGGAGCAUUGGGAGAUGCCGUCAUGGAUCAACAAGGACCUCUACGAAGAAUCCGUCAAGAUCCUCAAGGAAAACGAUAUCCAAUACGCCGACAAGAUCUCGUACCACUCGAUGUGCCGCUGGAACAGUGGAAUGUUCUACAGACACCCCGCCCUGCAGCACACCAAGUACUACUGGCGCGUCGAGCCCAAGGUUCAUUUCUUCUGUGACGUCGAUUACGAUGUCUUCCGAUACAUGCAGGAUAACAACAAGACGUACGGUUUCACCAUCAACCUGUACGACGCACCCAAGUCGAUCCCGACGCUGUGGCCCGAGACCGUCAAGUUCCUCGCCCAGCACCCCGAGUACCUUCACGAGAACAACGCCCUGGACUGGCUCACUGACAAGACUCACCGGCCCGAGAAUAACGUGAACGCAAAUGGCUACUCCACCUGCCAUUUCUGGAGUAACUUCGAAAUCGCUGAUAUUGACUUCUGGCGCAGCCAAGCGUAUGAGGACUACUUUCAACACCUGGACCGCGCUGGGGGUUUCUUCUACGAGAGAUGGGGCGAUGCCCCCGUUCACAGCAUCGCUUUGGGUCUUUUUGAGGAUAAGUCCAAGAUUCAUUGGUUCCGUGAUAUCGGAUACCAGCACAUCCCGUUCUUCAACUGCCCCAACUCGAACAAGUGCAAGGGAUGUGUGACUGGUCGCUUUACCGACGGUGAGGCUUGGUUGCACAAGGACGACUGCCGCCCUAACUGGUUCAAGUAUGUCGGCAUGGACUAGUUGAACGACCUUUCUGUGAGGGACGGCUGCUGUUCAUAUUGAUUUGUUUGGUUGGCACCAAUUGGGCGAUUUCCAGGAGGUAUCUGGGUACAAUGGUGUUGGGCGUCUGCGGAACAUCCAUACGUGUGUAAAGUACCACGGGGUCAGAAACGGACAUGACUCUGUAUGAUUUGAGUAGAUGAGGUUAGAAGCAUGUACGUCUUAAAAUAAGUGAAUAA